GUAUGUCUCUGUUCCAGAUUUGAACAUCAGUUGUGCUGUAAUUGGGUGACAGCAAACAUGUCACGUGUUAUAUCGAUUGUCUCCAGUCUGCUAUUGAGUCAGUUGGUACACAGUCUACCAGCCCUCACUCUACCUGCUACGAUCAUGAUGAACGCUGCUGGUGGGGGAGGAGGAGGAGGAGGAGGAGGAGAUGGAGCAGUAGUGAGCCAAACGAAUUUGGAUGCAAUAUCUUCAAGUCUUGGCUCCAAUUUGCAAUCAGCUGCUCAACAGCUGAUGAACGGUGAAAUCUCCACUCAAACCGGUCAGCAACUUAACACGGCAAGCACUGGUGGAGCAUUCAAUGUUGAAGGAUUGCAGGGUCUGAGUGGACUGACCUCAGGCAGGGCUACCAACGGUCUAGGUCUCACUGUCAGUGGGCUGCGCGCUUUUCAAGGUUCUGACAAUCUAGCUGGACUGAGUUCAACUCUCAGUGCAUCUGGAGCAGAUUUGAGUUCAACUUCAGCGACAGAUGCAGAAAAUCCAUCCCUGGGUUUCCAACUGAUGACACAAGGUGGACAAUUGAGCCAGCUGACACCAGGUGGACAAUUGGGCCAGCUGACAUCAAGUGGACAAUUGAGUCAGCUGACAUCAGGUGGACAACUGACCCAGCUGACACCAGGUGGACAAUUAGGCCAGCUGGCAUCAAGUGGACAGUUGAGCCAGCUGACAGCAGGUGGACAAUUGAGCCAGCAGACACCAGGUGGACAAUUGAGUCAGCUGACAUCAGGUGGACAAUUUGGCCAGCUGACAACAGGUGAACAAUCGAGCCAGCAGACAUCAGGUGGACAACUGACCCAGCUGACACCAGGUGGACAAUUGAACCAGCUGACAUCAGGUGGACGAUUAGGCCACCUGACACCAGGUGGACAAUUGAGUCAGCUGACAUCAGGUGGACGAUUAGGCCAGCUGACAUCAGGUGGACAAUUGAGUCAGCUGACACCAGGUGGACAAUUGAGCUUUGUAAGCAGAGAUCAAGGUCAGAACUAUGGCAUAAGAAAUGGCCAGCAGUUCAUCGUCUUUGGCGGUAGAGCCGAAGGUUAUCCAGUACAGACGAUACCUGAAGGUUCGUGGGUUGUUGAUGUUGGUUCCUUGGGUGACGUCACAACUGCUCCUAAUAGCAUCCCAGUUAAUCGCUUUACAGAGCAACUACCCUCGUUGGGUGAUGUCACAACUGCUUCUAACAGCAUCCCUUUCAAUCGCCUUCCAGAGCAAUUAUCCUCGUUGGGUGACGUGACAACUGCUCCUAAUAGCAUCCUUGCCAAUCGCUUCCCAGAGCAGCUACCCUUGUCAGCCAACUUCCAAUCUCCAAACAUCCCCAACUAUCUCCAGCGAUACGUUGUCCAGCAGAGACCCACUUCAUCAGUGUAUUACACUGUCGCAAAUGGCCAGAACUCCCCAGCACCAAGAUCAUUGGGAUAUCUUGACCAGCCUAUCCAGGGUCUUCAGGCCUAUUCUCCAGUACCUAUCCAGGAUGGCCUCCAGCUCCAGUUUGCCAGGAAUGCGGUUGCACCGCAAGGAUAUAUCAUAGGUAACCAAGUGGUUCCCGCCCAGAGAAUUCAGUUGGCUUUCUAGAUUAGAUUGAAUUUAGAUAAACAUAACCUAUUUUUAAACAAUUUCUGUACAAAUUUUAGUAAGGAACAGUUUUGGGCUUUGAACGUGUUGUUCCUUCCCCAAUCAUUCAUAGUUGAAAAUGAUAUUGUAUGUAUUAAUGUAUAAAUAAAUAGAUUAGUGAGCAAUGUUCUGGAUGGAUAUUGUGGAGUGUUUAUAAUGCUUUCCUUCUAGUCAAUAAAAAUGAUUUGGUUUGAUGUUUCUACAA